AUGCCCAAGGUCCGCGGCCUUAGAACCAUCAAGAAGGAAAUCCUCAAGUUAAUCAGCACAUACGUUGACAAGGCUGAUGACCUUGAGAUGGUUCACGAGCGCCUUGUGCCCGACCUGUUGCAAGCUGUUCUUCUCGACUACCAGAACAACGUCCCUGAUGCUCGCGAGGCUGAGGUCCUGAACGUCAUGACUACCAUCAUCAAGAAGCUUCAAGUACGUUGGACCCCUAAUCGUAGCAGACACUCGGUCGGCUUGAUCGCCAUUCCACUUUUCACGCAUCACGCUAACAUUUUCCAGGGCUUGAUGACCAAGGACGUUCCCGGCAUUCUCGGUGCUGUCUUCGAGUGCACUCUGGACAUGAUUAACAAGGACUUCUCCGAAUACCCCGAGCAUCGUGUCGAAUUCUUCAAGCUUCUCCGCGAGAUCAACUUGCGUUGUUUCCCUGCUCUUCUUCAGCUCGACCAGCGCCAGUUCAAGUUUGUCAUCGACUCUUGCAUGUGGGCCAGCAAGCACGACAACCGCCUGGUCGAGGGCGAAGGUCUCAACAUGUGCUACGAGCUUGUCCAGAACAUGUCAGAGACCGACGCCGAGAUUAGCGGACCCUUCUUCCAGAACUUCUACACUACCAUUCUCCAGGAUGUCUUCUUCGUCUUGACUGACUCGGACCACAAGGCUGGCUUCAAGUACCAGUCUAUGCUCCUCGCACAAAUGUUCUACCUCGUCGGCUCUGGCAAGCUGAACUCGCCCAUCUACACCUCCGACAUGGCACCUGCGGGCACAUCGAACAGAGAGUUCCUUCAAAACUUCGUUGGCAACCUUCUUGUCAACGCCUUCCCUAACCUCACACCCGCACAAAUCCAGAAGUUCAUCACCGACCUGUUCUCGCAAGCCGAUGACAUCAACCGCUUCAAGCUCACAUUGCGCGACUUCUUGAUUCAGCUCAAGGAGUUUGCUGGUGACAAUGCCGAAUUGUUCAUCGAGGACCGUGAGAAGGCUGCCCAAGAGGCCAAGGUGCAAGAGAGAGAGCGCGCCAUGAAAGUUGGCGGUCUACUCAAGCCCAGUGAGAUCGAUGAUGACGAGCUGUGA